CUUGCCUUGAAGGGGUCUAACUACGCUGGUCUCCUGGAACGACAUCGCGUUCACACCAAAAACGUGGAGCAUGUUGUGGAGAGCUUACGGAACGAGAGGAUAGAAGUCCGUCUUGUUAAACGUCGUGAAUAUAAUGAAGAGACAGUUCGGUGGGCAGAUGCUGUUAUAUCAGCAGGAGGUGAUGGUACAAUGUUGCUGGCAGCCAGUAAGGUCUUUGAUAAAUUUAAACCAGUUAUUGGAGUAAAUACUGAUCCUGAAAGAUCAGAGGGCCACUUAUGCUUGCCCGUGAGAUACACACACUGUUUCCCUGAAGCACUUCAGAAGCUUUAUCGUGGUGAGUUCAGGUGGCAGUGGCGGCAACGAAUCCGAUUGUAUCUCGAAGGAACUGGCAUUAACCCAACCCCUGUAGAUCUACAUGAACAGCAGCUAAGCCAGGAGCAACACAGCAGGGCUCAUAUAAAUGAAAGAUUGCAAGAUCAAAGAUCGGAGAUUUCUGGUCCUCAUCUUUUGCCAGUGAGAGCACUCAAUGAAGUCUUCAUUGGGGAAUCUCUGUCAUCCAGGUAUGCUGUGUGUUCUGUCUCAUUCAGGGAGAACUUUAAGUCCUGCAAACCCAGUUUUAAAUUCUCGCUUCAUAGGGCCUCCUAUUAUGAGAUAUCAGUUGAUGAUGGUCCAUGGGAAAAACAGAAGAGUUCAGGGCUUAAUGUAUGCACUGGAACAGGAUCAAAAGCAUGGUCCUAUAAUAUUAACAAGGUAGCAAAUCAAGCUGUUGAAGAGAUUCUUAAGAUUGCUGAAAAGCAUGGAGGUUUGAAUCUGCCAUUGAACGCAGAACUAGUGCAAAAAGUAACAAAUGAUUACAAUGACUCCCUGCUCUAUAGCCCGGAAGAUCCAAAGAUGCUUUUCAGUAUUCGAGAACCGAUUGUGAACAGAGUUUUCUCAAGCAGUCGGCAGCGUGGCUUUUCCUCAAAAAUCUGUGUCCGUUCCCGCUGUUGGGAUGCAUGUAUGGUUGUAGAUGGAGGAACAUCCUUUGAGUUUAAUGAUGGGGCGAUAGCUUCAAUAUGGAUUGAUACGGAGGACGCACUGUGCACUGUUCUGCUGGAAGAGUGAAGGACCGUCAUGUGUCUUCUGUGGAAGCAGUUCUGGAUCCAGAGAGGGAACUCCUGGAGAUGAGCAGCGUGUCACCUGGCUGCAUUAAGUUGGAAGUUAGCUUUUUUGGAUGCAAGAUUAUUUGAAAGAAGCUUGAGACCCUUUUCAUUCCUUGGCAUUGGGAAAUCUUAGAAAGCUGAUACUUAGGCUGGUUUGCAUCUGGUCUAAAAGAAAUGUAUCUGAAGUCUUACUUACAACUUCAGUGAAAAUUGACGCUUCUAACCUGUAAGGCAAACAUGAAAGAGCAUCUUUUUAAACUUGGGUAGAUGGGUUUAAAUAUGAAGUCAGUAGCAUUAAAUAUUCACAUGUACAGUUUUUUUAAUAGCAGUCUGGGACUGAUGAAACUAAACACUGUCAUACAAAUACUUUUGUAGACAAGCUGACUGUUAAGAUUGAGUGACUUGAUGCAAGGAUGCAUAGAUUUUGGUAAAUUCUGAUACUGAACUAACAACAAAGGAAAUAUGAAGUUUUUAUAUGCUUUUCAAAAUGGUUUCGACUUUGUAGUUUUCAUAUGACUUAUGACGGCUCUUUUGGCUCUUCCAGUAUUUUUUUUUCCUACUGUAUAGAUUUGCAUUAAAACUUUUGUCUGGUUUAGUUUCUAGAAGCUCUGUUCACAUCCUGAAGGAAUUGGCUMUCACCUUUGCUGUUUGGAUAGCAGGAGACUUGAAACCUAGGCAUGAUCUUAAGACCUUUUAACAGGAGUACAUUAACUAUAAAAAGGGUAUUAUGAUAAUUAUGGUAGUAAGGUAUGCUCCUCCCCUGAGUGGAGUAACUGGUUUGCAGAUGUUCAGACACACUAGUUUAUGUAGGUAGCUAUCACUAAAGAAAGGCCUUAGUAAAUGAAAUGGUUUGGAAUUUCAGCUUCUGAGCUGCUUUAUCAUGACAGAAGAAUGAGACGUGCAAAGUGCUCGUGGUUGGAGUGCAGGCUGACACCAACGUGUUUCCCUAUCUUCCAAGUCUGAGUUUUGAACUACCCCGGGAAAUGUUUCCUUUCCCAAUCCCCUGCUGAACUCUCCAGGUUCAAUUGGUGGCAAAUUAUAGCUAAUGUCAUCAGCUUUUAAUUGGGUGUUAGCUGAAUAAACAAGUUUUUAAUACAGGUAAAAGAUAAGUUCUGUGAUUAUAAAAGGGAAAGUGACUUUUAAAUAAUAUUUUUAGAGAAACUGUGAACUUUGCCUGUGGAAGUUCAUGCUGAUCAGUGCAUAGAGGAGAGGGUGGAAUUUGAGAAAAGGAGUUUUCUACAGCUCAAACUCUGCAGGUAUCUGACUUGAAAGAACUUUUUGUUUACUACAGAUCGGUUUCCAAAGGGCAGAUUUCCUCAAAAUACUUCUGAGUGAAGAAGCUUCUGUGACAGAUCUUCUCAGGUCUGAUGGAGGUAUUCUCCAGUGUGGCCAGUGUGUUUGUUGCCAAUGACAGAAAGGUAAACUGAUCUUUUUAAAGGUGGAGAAAGUGGACAGCAGAUUUUUCCCUUCCAAUACUUACUUUUUUCUCCAGAAUUAAGUCUGUUUCAGAGUUCAGAAGGAUUUGGCAAGACCAUUGAAUUCUAGAAAAAUCUGAUACUGAUACAGCCUUCCAAUAAGCUAUCACUGUUUUGUGCACACUUCAUCUUCAAAGUGUGCUAAGGAUUGAAGUGUGAUUUACAAUAGCAGCUUGAGUUGCCUGGACUGUAAAUGUGAAGGGGAAAAUCAAAGUACUCUGAUAUUCUUCAGAAAUUUUUAAAUUCAGGAAACUGCAAAUCUCUAUAUCUAAAGUAAUCUUUAAAAUGACUCUAAAGGUAAAAAUGUGAAAGACUAAUCCUUCUUUAGAAAGUGGGUUGCACUGAAACGAGAGGAUUAGUUAUUCCUAAUCCAUGAUGCUUUAUGUGCCUCUGUGCAGCAUACUAGUCAUUAUGCUGUUUAAGAAAAACAAGCCAGUGAAAUGAAUUUAUUACUUCCUAGGACUUUGCCAGUAACUGUUAGAGGCUUAUUUGGGAUUAAAUAUUCAUAUGUUUAAAGUGUCCUUGAAUACCUACAUGGAUUAAAAUGUAUGGUAGAAGUCCUGUUCCGUACUCAGACAUGUGUGCGCUGUAAUGUUUAAAUGGAGACUGAGAGGGUGUCAUCCUCUUAAACCUCUCGUUCCUUAUUCUGAAUGCAGAGACUAAAAGACAGAGGUUUCUUGUUUU